UGCUAUAUCAGAGCUAAGUUAAACAAUUCAAUAUAAAAAGUCGGUAAUUUCAAAUGAGUAAGAGCAAAACUGUACAGGUUCUACGUCCGCUUGCAAGCAGGUUAGUUCUAUAGGGUAUCGGAUACCGUUGCAUACACAUUGUUAAAAGACUGAGUUGUUAUAGUGUCCGAUAGUCACGCACACAGUUACACUUAGCUCGGCGCCUGCGCAGCUCUACCUGUGCGCAAGAGUCACAUUCCGUCGCCCACCUCUGCAACCGGCCGCGCAGCCGCGAAGCCUUUGCCAUUCCAGUUUUUGAUUUUAGAAAGUUUACUUGUGUGUGUUUUAGGUAGAUAUUUGGACUGUUCGGACUAUUGGUGAAUAAUGGAAUCCUAUCUAUAAGGGCGAACAUGUGGCGACUGGCGUGUCUACUCGCAUUUGCGGGUGCAGUGGCCGCUCAGCUGACACUCCACGUGAAGUGCGGCCAGCUGACCUGCCAGCUCGACGAGUACUGCUCCCCGGAGACGAACCGGUGCGCCUCCUGCAGCAGCGUGUGCAAUCAAUCCGACCACAACUAUGACUCCGGGCUUUGUCUCAAACAGUGCCAAGGAUAUUUGCUGCGUAAAGUCGGCGAGUCGUCACCAGUAAACGGCAGUGUGCAGCGAGAAGCCAAGAUAGCGCUGAUUCUAAGCAGCGUAGCGCUGGCCAUCUUACUGCUGGUGAUCGUUAUCUGGUGUAAAGAAAGAUUCUCCUGGAAUUACAUCAAGCAGAAGCUGCUGCGGGCUAAGGCCCGCAAUAAGAAUCGAGUUACGACAUAUCCCGGGGACAUCAUGCACCAAAAUCCUCACGCGGAAAUGCCCAAACCGAAACCCGACUUGAAACUGGAGAUCAGGAACCCUGAGCCGAAACGAAUCCCACAGCCCCUUAACCCGAGGGACUUGGAUACUCGCACUUCCCAAGCGGAGAAGAGCCAAGCAGCAACGACUCCGAAAACCAUCAGUACAGCCUUGAGCAAUCGACACCCGGCUGAAGAUACGACACUAGAUUUUUCUUAUGAUAACGUGGCAAUGAACGAGACUCCACCGGAGCAUGUUGGCUUACCGACCAAUCGUUUUUGAGAACAUGUUUUUUCUUCAGCGCAAAACGUAAGGCAAAUACCACACUAUUAUAUAAAAUAGGUGCGUUGUUUAUAGCGUGAUGAACUACAGUAGGUUAUAAUACAUGUAUUCUUUAAAAGUAGUCAUUAUAAAAGUAUCUAGGCAUCUUAGAACCAAGAGUGGUUGAUUGUAGUGCCUCAGUCCAAAUGUAUCUGCAUGUAAGUAUUUAACAAUACACGUCCUGUAUUUUGAAAUGUCAAAAAUAAUGAGUGAAUCUGUUACAUUCUGUUACAUAGAAUACAAAGAUCUUGUUAUCUACCUACUUACUUUGUAUUGUAAUUGGAAAAAUCGAAAUAAUUUGUAGAAGAGAACAAUAGAUACACAGGAAACCAGGUUUUCCAUUUUCAGUCAGGUUUGGUGCGGUAAUUAACCAAUUAAUAUACAAUGACAAAAGCACUUAAAAAUAUUUUAAGACACAAUUCUGUUUAUUUAAACUUUAUAGUAAUUGACUUAAGAAUGUGAUGGUGGUAUCGUUAAAACAUUCUAUUCUCUGUUAUAUUACACUGUUUACUUGUUUGUCUGAAAAUUAUCGAAGUUAAGCACAACAACCUUUUCUAUUGGAUGAGAUUAUCACUUGACAUCACAAUUUUAUUUAAAUCCUCUCAGAGGUCAAUAAUAAGUGGAGGUUAGUUAUAUUUAUACGAUUUCUAUUAAGCUAUUCACGAGCAUGACGGAUAGGUCUAAAAUAGCGAGAUUUCAGAUGUUUCAUAAAAAUGACACUAUUUUAGAAAACUUGCUUCUGUUUAUCUAUACUUAUAAUAAAUCUGUAGAGAGGCCAAUUCUGUACAUGAAAUAUAUUUUCAAAAUAACUAUCAGGGGGUGCUUAGUGAUCGAUACUGAUGCCAAAAAUGCAAUCAGUAAAAUUUUUGUCUGUCUGUCUGUCUGUGUGUAUGUUCCUUAUAGAAACAAAAACUACUAGACGGAUUUUAACGAAACUUGGUACAAUUGUUCUUCAUACUCCUGGGCAGGUUAUAGUAUACUUUUCAUCACGCUACAAUCAAUAGGAGCAGAGUAGUGAAGGGAAAUGUUGGGAAAACGGGAGAAGUUACUCCACUUUUUAAGCUUCCGUCGCGUGUGCAGCCUUAAUGAUUAAAGUUACAUAGAAAUCAUGUAUGACAGAAAUAUUCUACAUAAAAUUGUCUAAAAAAUAUCCCGCAACAGCAUAUGUCUAUCUUUUAUGGUUGACUCACAAUAACACGUGUAACUCCUGAUAGCUUAGCAGUUCGGAGCAUUCUGAUUAUAUUUGUUUACUCUUCCGUUUAUAAUACUCUCACUCAUCCCUAAUUUAAAAAGUUAACAUUAUUACCUAUUCAAUAAAAAGAGAAUCAUAGAAAUCGGUAGAGAAACACCAAACUUAUACAUGAAAUAAGCCAUCGCGCCGUCGCACGUGAAUACUGAAUCAUGCUAUAAGGAUUAUUUUUGUGUAACGGUUGCCGCGCUCGACACGGGUCGCGGCGGCGGUAGGGUAUAAAAAGGCGGGAGGUCCGAAAGCGAGCUUGGGAGGAAACAAAAAAAAAGAAAGCGAGCUUCAUUCAAUAUUUGGCUGUUGAUGCGUUCAGAGCGUUCGACCUUAUUGACAGACAAUAAUUGAUAUUAAGAAACCGCGCUUAUCUUAGAAUAAAAACCAAACAUUUGUAAACAAAAUUAGCAAAUAAAUCAUGUAAAACGUGUACAAAAUGAGUACUGGAAAACGGAAAUAUGAGAAUUUUAGAUUGAUUAUAAAUACAGGUAGUAAAAAUGACCGUUUUUAUCUAUAUAUGUAUAUAAAAGUCAAAGGUGACUGACUGACAUAGUGAUUUAUCAACGCACAGCCCAAACCACUGGACGGAUCGGACUGAAAUUUGGCAUGCAGGUAGAUGUUAUGACGUAGGCAUCCGCUAAGAAAGGAUUUUGAUCAAUUCUACCCCCAAGGGGAUAAAAUAGGGAAUGAAAGUUUGUAUGAAACUUUGUCAAUUUUAAACCGAUCGGGCUGAGACUGCAUGCAGAUAUAAGAAUAAUCAUAGAUUAAUGUCAUUGUGUAUAAUACAAGCCUGAGAACAAAAACUGUAGUCUACACUUCAGCUCUACACCGAAGAGAAGUGCGGGCGGACCGCUAGUCUCAUAAUAUAACAAAAAAAUACUUUUUUUGAAAUUUUAUGUGCAUACCGAAUUACAUAGUAAUUUUUUUGGGAUUACCCAAAACGGCGUCGUACUGAAUAACUUAGCAUCUUUGACUCUUUAUCAUGCAAAUAUUCAUAGCUUGUGCCAAUCAAGGUUGGUAGGAGCAGUGUUAGUUCAAACUUGUCUUCUCUAUCCAAAAGCCUUGGACGUUACGACAGGUUUGAGGCUUUGCUUUUGUUCAAUUCGAUAGCCCGAAGCAGGUCUAAAUGAAGGCUUUCCAGCAUAAUGGGCCGUCACAGACUAGUUGGAAUAUAACCUGUCAGUUCGACAACAUCACUGAAACGGUUUCCAUGUAAAUUGAAUAUCAUGUUCGACAUGGAUCAUUAUAAAAAUUUCGCUGUCAACCCUAAUUUUGUUUCGUUAAAAAUCAUUUAAGAAAUCGUGGAGUUAAUAGAUUUAGCUUUGAACAUUAAGGAUCGUAAAUUAUAAAGGUUGACUACUUAUAAGCCGUUAAAAAAUAAAUACUUGGUACUUAUGGUACUUAAAAGUUUUUUAUAUAAUUUGUUACGAGAUUCUGUUGUUUUGGAAUAUGUACUUAUUAUUACAUGCGUCAUAUAGACUUCGACAAUAAUAAUAACUUGAUUUCAAUAAUGCACUAUUGUAUAAAGCAAACAUUCACGCCUUUAGAGUUUUUGUCACUUGAAAUAAAUAUUGAAGAUGAAAAAUAUCUGAAACUUCUCAUAGCAUCUAAUGAGAAUCGGCACUCAGUCUGUUAGGGAGAUAAUGCUAUGCUCGUAACAUCUGUAAUGACGAAAUAGUAUAGCAACAAAUGGCGAACAUACUGAGAGCGAACUUUGAAAGUUAACGAAGGCAUCGUGAUUGCCUUCGUUGCUUUACUUCAGGAACGGAACGAAGAAUACGUAACGAGUGUAAGAUACGUAUCUUCGUUAACUAUUAAAUUUCAACUUGCGUAUAGGUAUCUACGAAAAGGGCACAAUUGAACAAACCAAAUUGGUUGUUAAAAUAUCAAUGUCUAAAGCAGAAGUUUUAAACAUGUAUAAGUAGUGAACAUUUGAACUUAUACGGUCAGAUGGCAGAACUUACACGAAAUAUUACCUGCAUAAUAUCAUCUUGUUUACACGAAACAGACAUCUAUGAACUAACAAUUAAAUACGGCGCUCCUGUUGGAAAUGAGAAGGGUGUUGGGCAUAUUAUAGCGUCACGAUGGGAAAUAUACUACUACAGAGUGCGUAUACACAUUGCUAAGUCUUCAGGGGCUGUGUUUAAGUGACUUUGGACGAAAACGGUAACGGUUGCUGAUCUUUAUGCGUACCGUCUAUUCAACUGCGCAGUAAGCACUGUAAUAGCGGCCGUACAGAAUUCCAUUAAACAACGUUAAAAUAUUUUCUCUAUUAGAUGACGCGAACAAACAUAACAAACGGGCGGCCUCUAUAUUAUGCCGACUCGGUAUUCAUAGGAAACCGUAUACUGCCAAGCUACCUCAGGGCUACUUUAAUUGACAUCCACGUCAACUUUCUAAAGUUUCAGAGCAACUUCAAUAAAGUGUUUUCCCCGCAAAUGCAAAUUGACUUCUGAGCGUGUUAUUUAGACGAAGCCUCUAUUAGGAAAAUGGGACCACCUUAGAAGAAAACACAAUUGACAACUUAUUUAUAUCUCUCCUAUAAAUACAGAAAAUUAAUUUGGUAUUAUUUUAGUUGUAUAUUUAAAAAAGUAAAUGAGAGGUGAAGGUAUAUUAAUAAUACAAGGAUAACUGAGGCUAAGGUAACACUGUAGGUUUGAGACAAACAAUGACUAUGCAAAACAUCUGUACUACACGUUUAGCCACCAAGCUAGUAGCAUGGCUCUUAGCUUAGCACUAAGCGAAGCUCCAUUUGGAGUGGCCGUAGUCUUAUACAGAAAUAUUAGAAAAAUGAAUAUAAAAGUCUAGGUAUUUCUAAACAUAACAUUAUUAACCAAUGUAACAAUAUUUACACCUUAGUAUAUUAAAAUGGCCUCUUGGGACGAUUGGAACAGUUUAAUCCCAAGUAUAUUUGUCGGUAUUAUAAUUAGCUGGUUCAUUGUACAAUCUAUAUAUUGUUUUCCCUUUCUCCUUCAAUAAAAGCGUCAAUGUGAUAAUAACAUACCACUUUUUCAACGAAGCGAAGUUACUUAAUUCGGCCUCAGGUACUUUACCUUAUGAUAUGUUUAAUUAGGAAUUAAUACUUUUUUGAUAGUAAGUAGCUUUGAAAGUAUUAAAUUAAAUUAAAAUAUUGUUGUAAAACGAAUAUAAAAUAAGUAAUUCAUGUAUUUUGGGUUGUGAGCAGUUUUGUCUGACACAAUUGGUGGUUACACUAAUAAUAUCUAUAUGUAGAGUGCAAAAACUUUUGCAAUUUUUUGUCUUUAUGGUGUUAAAUCAAAAUUACCUUACUUUAACUAUUCUGUACGUUAUAGUUUUGAUGUGUAUAUAUUUCCAGCAAUUUAAAUAAACAAUCUGGUAUUCUUUACGAUACCUGGGCAAUGUACAGAAUGCCUAAAACGUCAAGGCAUUGAAAUAUUAUUCCUUUUAUACCUAUUCUUAUUGGAAUAUUUAUUUCUAAAUAUAGUCAUAUAGAUCUUAUUUAAUAGUUGCUUUUUAUUAAUGUAAAAUAUACUUUAUCUAGGUAUUGAUCUUACGGGAUUCGAUGCAAAUUGAUUGUUAUCUUCGAUUUGUAGAUUUGGUCGAGUUAGACUCGAUCUUUAUCUAAAUAUAUCUCACGGCGUGGCUGAGGUAGUGUUUUAUUUAGUGAAAUUGGGAUGUGUUUGUUUAAUAUGUUAUGUUUAUUGUUUGUGAACGUCACAUAUGUAGGAUGAUAUUGGCGAUCUGCUACUUUGACCGAUCAUACUUGUUGCUAAUAGAGAGUGUAACUCUUUGUUUCAAUCUACACGCCUAGAUACCGUAUUAACUGCACGGAAGUGCUCCAAAAAAUAUCUACUACAAAUGGUAGAUACGCAAACAUUAACUGCUUUCAAACUAUAUAACAUUAUAGUCAAGCACACAUUGCGCAUAAUAUGAGCCGUUUUCUUUGCGUCGUUUAUUUGGAUUGCUCUAUCUAAGCGUGUAUAUGACUAAAUACAUAGGCCUUUCUUAAACCUAAUAAUAGUAUUAGGUCUACUCUACACUUUAAAAUCAAGAUUCAAUGUACUGGGAACUUUGUAGUGUUCUGUCCUAUUCUGCGACAUAAGAAAAAUUGUAAGGAAAAAUAGGAUCGAUGAGGAUCCCGAUAGGGUCAAGCCGACAGUGUAACAAUGGGAACAGUGUAUAUUAUAUCCGGCCAUUUGACGUCUGGUGACAGCUGACUGAUAUAGCUUCUUAUGAAACUACUAAAACACGCCAAGACAAAACAUAGACAAAUAAUAACAAGGACGAGAUAUUCCUCAGGUUACACUGUGCCCCUGGUUACACUUGACCCUAUAUUAAAAGUCAACUUUAAACGACGUCGUAGUCUACGCUUUGUCUCGUUUGUGUUGUAUUCCUACAGUGAGAAAGGUUCCCAGAGUUUGGCAGAGCUGUCUCAUUCCAUUAUUAUCGCAAAGAAUGGGACAGAAUCGACCUAUGUCAAAACUUAAAACCAAAUUGACAUCUCAGAGUUGGUUAAUUUGUUAGGUGGGCUGGAAAAGUUUGCUGUAUAUAAUAUAAAAAAUGCAGGGUCCCUCGGUUGUUUUUUUGGUCUUAAGUGGCAGACCGUCAACUUCUGUUAGACUGUACUAACUUCGCUAUCUCAUAAUAUUAAAAUGUCUGUGCUUAUAAUACAUUCUUAAGUCUUUGUCUUUGUCCAAUGAUGUUAAUGUUUUUGUAAUUUUUAAUUUUAACGUCACUUGUUUUGUGCCGGACCGGUUAAGAUUUUCUUUCUUCCUAUUUCAUCGUUCUUAGUUUCCUUCGUUCUUUUGUAUUUAUUUAUUUUAUAACGUUGUAUUUAAUAUGCAGUUUAGAAGUAAUUGUACUACUAAGCAGUUUAAGCAGAAUAUUACUCUUAGACCAACUAGCACCAAAGUUCUUAAUUCAAGUUUAAAAGCUAAUCAGGUUUAAGUUACAUUCUAUAUUUUUUUGACUUUUAAUAAUUGACAAAGAUGGAAUGAUGUGCUAAACACGAUUAAGCCUUAACUCGAUUAAAGAACUUUCGUACAAGUGGAUCUUACAAUCACUUGUUAACCUGACGUAAAAACAAGGUUAAACAUUAUUCAAGCUGUCAUUGUCAAUUAGCUCAUUGAUCAAUACAAGUCUAUUUAAUUUAAAAUCUUGAUGACUCCAUUUCAUUCUCAGAUGAUUGAAGUCUGCUCCUUCCUCUACGCAGAAUAGGCAUUUGGAAUAUCUGGCUAUAUGGAGAUCUUGUUUAAUACUUGGCAGAAUUGCUCUUUCAGAACGUAAAUAUUCACUUACACGUUUUCCUGGAGAUAAUUUGAAUAAGGAUAUAUAUAUAUAUAUAUAUAUAUCUAUUAUUAUAAGAAAUAUCGGAGACUCAUAAAAAACAAGGUACAUGGUAACAAUCCCGUUAAAAGCUAUAAUGUUAGUGACCAUGAAAGUUUAAAACAAUAUAUGUGUAUAUAUCUAAAUCAUAUAACGUAUUUACAGUUAAUAUUUUGAUAGGAUCAUAAUGUUAUAACGUUACAGUUCCAUUCUGUUUCUCUGUAAUUCUAAUAUCAAUCAAUGAAAUAAGUACCUACUGGUGUGUCGUAUUAUGUGUGCUCGAUUUUAUAAGUAGUUCUUAUUAAGGUCUUUAUUAGAACAUGUGAUAAAUUCAUGACAAAACUUUCGUAUUAGAAUAAAAUACAUUUGCCCAAUGAAAAACGAUAUACCUAUUCUAAUUUAUUUAUUUAUUUAUUUAUCUUUAACAAAGUUUGUUUCCAGGAUUGUCGGUUAUUGUUUAUGUGUAUUUAAUUUCGCUUUGUAAAAUAUGGAGUCAGUUACGUGAGAUAGUACCAUUAUUCAAUCAAACUAGCUAGGUACAUAUUUUGAAUGUUUUGGCGAUUCUUUAUCAAUAAUUUGGCAAAAAACCGAAACAUUUUCGCAUUAUCAGUCUGGUAGUAGAACAGGGUUUAUGCUUAAAUUUCAAUGGUUUGAGGUUUUUACCAAAUUCUCAUUGUGUUACAAGAAUUUGGUGUAUCCAAUUAAUAUAAAACAUAUGUGUCGGGAUAGGUCAAUUGUCACUGUUGCAUUGAGCUAAAUUUCUUUGUCCGCUGGCGCCUCUAGCUUCGUGAUAUAUCUGUAUGAUCAAUGAUUGUGAUGUGUUAUCGUUUUUAAUGUUUUAUGUUAAUAUUAACUGCAUAACGCUACGUGCUGUAAAUUAUCGCAGCCAGGUAAAUGCGAAGUUAAAAACAAAUUACAGCAUUGCAAAAAUAAAUGGCUUAAUAAAUUCCGCGGUCACUUGCAUUAACGUGGUAUAAUGAAUUUUUAAUAGUUACUAAUUGAAUAAUGGAUUGUCAGAGAUACUGACCACGCCUGUUUAACUUUGCACUUUAUCAGGUACCUACUAAGUAUUCAAACUAAUAUUGCAAAAACUAAGUACGUUUUUGUAACUACUCUUGAAAAGUUUGGAAGUAUUACAUUAAAAUGGUUGGUAUUAGAAAAUGACACAAGAAAAAGAAAUAACCAACUCUAUGACAAAUUUUAGUCUUCUGAGGGCGAAACUACUUUAUAAACCGUAUUUCGUUUUAUAAAGUAGUUUCGCCAUAAAUUACCAUAAAUUGCACGCAUUAGAAUAAUAUUGCGAUGUAAAGUAAUUAUGGAUUUUCAACCAUUUAUUUUUGAGUUAAUUACUUUUCAAAUAAUGAAUGUAGAAUGUUCGGAUCUUUUUUUUACUCUUUGACAUUUUUGGUCUAGUGUAGUGUAGUGUAGUAGAUACAAGUGUUGUCCGUUUAUUAGGCCUUAUGCUUAUUAACGUUACGUGAAUCAUCCAAUAGCUUCUAUUCAAAAGACUGAAGAUUUGGACCCGACCAAAAGUCAUGGUCGAUUGUUCACGUUCGGCCCUAUAUAAAGGGCUCAGGUAUGCUGGGCGUACUCCACAAGGUGCAAGGUUGCCCUCCUUAUGUUAUUCUGCCGCGCUCGAGUAAAUCCGAAAUACACCACUUGGGCAGUGUACAGUACAGUGACUACAAACCUUUUAGAUAUGUGCGCCACGCGAUAACUAAUUCAAAUUUGUCUUGUUUCUUCAAAGUGUUUCGUUUCUACUGUCAAGUUGAAAACUUAAACCGAUGAGUCAUCGUAGUUCAACUGUAUGCUCACGUGCAGCUUACUUGGGCUUUCUGUUUUUAGUGAAAUGGCCCAAUGAACCACCGCUCUACUAGCUCACAGAAGCCUUUAGCCAAACAACACUCUGUUAUGUUGUGUUUUUAAAGUGAGUAAUUCUGCCAAAGCUACACACAUAGGGGAGAGUGGGGACAUUGCGGACACCUAAGAGAAACCUUAAAUAAAAGAUGAAGUAUAAUUUCAAAUGAAUCUUUCUUUAUUAAUUUUAUUAAACUUUGGUCUUUACCUUAUGAAAUUAACAGAUAUAAAUAUUAAAAACUAAUCAACUUCAAUAUUCUUUUAUCAAAAACAAAACCCUUGCUGUCCAUAUUUACCAGGUAGGCUUCGGGUAAAUACGGACAACAUGUGGGGUAAUUACGAAUGGCACUGUUAUUGCAGAUGCGGCAUUAAAAAAGUUUGAAACGCAACAAUAAUACAAAAAAAUAAUGAACUAUCAUUAUUUGUUGCUACAGAAAUCGCAAAUAUAGCCUCGGCUUGUACUCCCACCUGUGCAAUUGUCAUGUGCCCAUUUCUAGUCCGACACGAUACGAGCGUAUUUUCCCCAUUACAACAGUCCGUAAUAAACCUAACUGGAUGUCAAUAUUUUGCUGCAAAAUUUUUUAGGUUAGGUAAUAAUAGUGAUAGUUUAUUAUUCCACAUUUUCCGAGGUGAUUUACAGUAUUAAUACAUAUCUUAUACAGUUUUUAAGUUAAAUAAUUAUUAUAACAUUGACACGCAACUACAAACGAACAAAAAUUACAAGAAACCACUUCAAAAUAAAGAAUUAAUUUUACCUUGAGAAGCGCGCGGCCUUCCGGGUUGACAUCAAUCCGGGCACUAAAGAUGGCCAACCCAACUUUGUUAUGUGAGUGGCGGGGCGCGGGGUUGACUAGAGCAGCCACUACAACAGUGUCCGCAUUUACCCGAUGUCCGUAAUUACCCCACUCUCCCCUACAUGUCAAUAGUGAUGGCGGCUGGUGCAACGUUUAUGAGUCUUGCCUCAGUUUAUUAACAUUUGGAUUCAACAUCGUGUGGAAAGCAGUAGUUUAUUCGGUUUAUGUCAUCUACAAAGAAAAAUCCCUGUUACAGUGCAUGCACGCACGUAGUUUGACACAGUAUUCCAAAUAUGUGUUCAAGAGAAACAUAUGAGUAUAUUACUGUUUUCGUUAUCAUGUUGACAUCACCGCCUUUUUGCCACAAACUGUACAUAUCCCGUUGAACUAGCUAUUUCAUCUGCGUAGAUCUGUAACAUAAAACACUAAAAUGAAAUUACUCAGAAUCAUAUAAAAUACAAAUUACAUUUUGUCAAUCAUCCAGUUACGAACAUGUAAAAUCAAUACGAACUUCGCAUGAAAACGGCAUAAUUGGCGGCAAAAGUGCCGGGUAUUCUAGUAGCUCUCAUAUAAAGAUAUUGCGACUCAAAAGGUCGUUGUAUAUUGUAUGUGUCUAAUUUUUCUAUCCUUCACAUUUUUCUUUUCCGAGAAAACAUUCGUGUGCCAUAUUUUCUUGGUUCUGAGAAAUUUCAGGGUGGCGUGGCGCCACGUCUAAUUUGGAAAUCGUUUUAGGUCUUGAAUUCUUGUAGCGACGGCUUAUAUAGUUGUUUGAACACAGAUAAUCGUCACAGAAGUUUUAUAUUAUAUACAGUUUUUGAUGUGUAACAUCAUUCCUCUCGCUUUCCUGCAAUUUGUGGGAGUGAUUUUGUGAAAUGGGACGGAAGUGUGUAACAGGAAGUCGCGAAAGCACGCGCUAUUUGAUAUGAUUUUAGAACAUAAUGUUCAAAUGGCUUAUUACUUUUGUAGCAGGUUUCAUUUCUUAUUUUACUAAUAUAAGGUGAGGUUUCAAAUGUUACACAUCAUACGCGACUACUGUAAGGCUCGCUCGUUUUUUUUUCAUGUUUGUAACGCUCCAUAUUCAAAAAUAUAUUAUACGAUAUUGGCUGAUCAGCUUUUUAGUUUAGAUAUAGUUCUCAUGGACAUAUUUUUUACCAGGAUUUGGUUAUUUAAUUUAAUAGUUACGGGAUUAGGUACUUAAUAUCAAUAAGCAUAUUUGUUAGUUGUUUAGUAAAUAUACUAUGUUGAUAUUUAUAUCAUUUAUUUUUAAGUAAUAUCAAAUAUAGUUUUGCAUUCCACCACCAAUUCCUCUCCACAUGACACCUCCUUACCUGAGGGCCAUUCGCCUAACGGAAAUGCUUUGGAAAACGAUAACCCUUUCGAUUUUAUUUUGUUAUUUCUGAUCGCCGAAGGUUUUCAAAUACCUCACGCUCAUUUUUUUAAAUAUUUUUAUUACCAAUGCAAAAGAAAAAAAAGAGCGCGAGGCAUUUGGAAACCUCAGGCGGCUAGAAAUAACAAAAUGAAAUCGUAAGCGUUAGCGUUUUCCAAAUACAUUUCCGUUAUUCGAAUGGCCCCCUGGUAGAGAAUGCCCCUACAGUACUGCAUCAAGUCCGUCAUUGUAAUAGCGCGACUAUGUAUCGAAGGCACUUUGUAAAUGACUUAAAACGUGCUUUAUGUUAAAACUACUUUUAAGAAAAAAUAUAUUUAAAGUAUUGUCAUGAAUUAAACAAUUUUUUUUUAAAUAUAACUCUCUAGGCUUGAGUUUGUUACACUAAUAUGUGCUGAAUUUAUAAUACGUAUGGUGUAAGUACCUACGUAAUCGAUUUAUAAGCAACUACGUUAUUUAUAUUACUUCCAUGAAUCAAUUCGUAAAAACUAAUGGACUAAUAGUGUUGUUAAUAUAAUCAGAUUUCAACUUGCGAAUUGUAUCUACCCAAUAUGGAUUUAUGUUAGCGGCACACUGGGAGUGGCGCGGCGAAGAUACUGAGAAGUUAACAAUUUGAGUUUAACCCUAAUUCCUAUAGGUAUCAUAAGUUUAAAAAUUUCAUGACAAACAUGGAACAUUAUACAAGCGGCGCACAGCGCUGCGAAAGGGCCAGAAGAGCUGGUGCGCGACCACUUACUCCGCUCGGUGGCUCUAGGCCGCGUUCAAAGUCGCCACGCGCCGCUCUGUGACUCUUGGCCGCGUUCAAAGUCGUCACGCGUAUUAUCUUUGCCGCGCCUUUCCCGGUGUACGCUGCGCUUUACAAGAUACCUCCUUUAAAUAAUCACACCACACUGUAAGGUAAAAUCAAUUUAUGUAAAAUGCGUAGGUUUUUCUGAAAAAUAGCGGAGUAAGUACUUACACUACCUGUACACAUCACAGUAAAUAUAUACUUUCAUAAUUAAUUUAGUUGUAACUCUUGUUUUAUUUAUUUAUUUAUGAAAACACAUCGCUAAUUGAUUUGUAUGAAAAUCAACUAAAGGUGAGACCGUGUUGUUCUGUGGGUGUAACAUAUCAGUUGCUAGUUAUGUUUUAAAAGGAUGUAAAUGAUAUUAUGUAUAUUUAGCACUAAGAACUCUAAAUGCGUCCAUACGAAACAUUCCACUAGGCUAGGUAUACAAUGACUAGGGUUAGGUUUAUAUACUUAUAGUAAUGUGUUAACGUUUUUAUGUAAAUAAUAUAGUUUAACCCAAUAAUAUUAAGCGUAUAUAUAUAUAUAUAUAUUAGCACAUAUUUAUCAUUCAUUUAACCGUUUUAUUGUAGGUUAUUUACCCCACCAUGUAAAUUGUAUAUUUAUAAUGACCGUAGGAUAUAGGGUAGGGUCAAGUGGGGAUAGUGACUGCGCCUCUUCUUACACUAGCCCCCACUUGAACCUAUAUUUUUUUAAUUAUAUACAGGGUUACAGGGAAAGUCGUACUGAAUAUUAAAGAACGUUAUUAUUCAGGUCAUUUCUGAUGGAUUUGGUCCUAUAAUAUGGUGUCCGAAACUUAACCGUUAUGGAGAUAUUGGAUAUUAAAGAUUUUUUAAAAAAUCCUAUAUUGACCAUUAUGCUACCACGGCCCUUUUCGCCGCGUAGAAAUUUUCCUAGCCUUAAGCUGCAAGGCAGCGCCAUCUCUUCGCAUUGUAGGUAAUCCACAAUGUCAAAUGAAUACCUUUUCAAGUAUUAAACAUUUGAAAGAAGAAAUAGCAAUUAUAGUUAUGAUUUUAUUUAUUUUUUAAGCAUUUAACUGCUAGAUGUUUAAAUCUAAAGAAAAGUUUACUAGAAAAAAUAUAUAUAGUAAUUAUUGGUCACCCAUCCAAUGACCGACCACUGCGAAAGUUGCUUAAGUUCAACGAUCGCAGCCGAACGCGCUAACCACUUGCGCCAUCGAGCUGCUCAAAAUUAUGAUUCAUGUUCAACAUGGCCGCCGCUAAUUCUAAUACAAUAUACUCUCAAUCUUUUUCUUAAAUUACUUUUUACUACAGAAGUUUUUAAGUUCCGCCUCAUAUCCUCAGCCGCACCAAUAAAUCCUUUGUCGCAAAAUAUCGAUAUUUGCGAUCGGCGUCAUCUGGUCGUAUACAAGGCUUUUCAUAUGACCCCACACAUAAUAAUGAAAAGCCUUGUAGACGACCAGAUGAUGCGAUCGUUGAACUUAAGCAACUUUCGCAGUGGUCGGUCAUUGGAUGGGUGACCAAAAAUUACUAUCUCGAGCUCCUCCGUGCUUCGGAAGGCACGUUAAGCCGUUGGUCCCGGCCGCAUCUGCAGUCGUUAGCACCCACCAAUCCGCACUGGGCCCGCGUGGUGGGUCAUGGCCCAAUCUCCCUAUUCCAUCAAUAGGGAAGGCCUGUGCCUCAGCAGUGGGGACAUUAAUAGGCUGGUGAUGAUGAUGAUGAUGCUUUUCUGGUUUUAUUUAUGUAUUUUUGCUAUUUUUACCUCUAACUAAAAAUGUACCCUCUGCUACCAUAACUGUUAUUUGGUCAAUGUUUGCCAAUUUAAUAGCAAGUGUUAUACCUUUUUGAAUAGCUAAAGAGACGUCGAAGUUUUUAAAAUUAUUUGCAGAAUAAGUUCCAUACAUGUUUUUUUUAGGAAAGCGCUUCAAAGUUAACAACACUUGGUGAAAAUUCUUUAGUUACAACCGUUGUCGAGCAGUUUUUUUAAGCCGUUAGAAGUAAGUUCAGUUUUUAUUCAUUAUUUUUAUUGCUUGACAUGUCUUCUAACUAGAUUCAUUAAAAAAUCGGACCUUUGGAGCUCUAAUUUCAAAAAAAUCGACAGUAACCCAAAAUAUAUAGGAUUUAAAAAAAAAAACUUUAAUAUCCAAUAUCUCCAUAACGGUUAAGUUUUGAACACCAUAUUAUAGGACCAAAUCCAUCAGAAAUGACCUGAAUAAUAACGUCCUUCAAUAUUCAGUACGACUUUCCCUGUAACCCUGAAUAGCAGGUAUAUCAUGAACGCUUUGCUCGAUUUAAUUACGAUUUUUAAAGAGAGAUGACGCUAUACGAUGAGUCGAAUGGCAUCUCUUUUUGACAUUUACGCUAAGGAUUUAGGAUAUCGCUCCUAAUUAAAAAGUUAUGUACAUAUAGUAUUUUGUAAAAUCGGCUACGGCAGUUAAUGCCGACAAUAUUCAUCCACUCUUGCGAAAUGAUUUUUUUAAACGACUCAAUAAGGAAGUGAUUCGGCCGGUACGUUUUUUUAUGUAUGAACGUACAUCAAUUACGCCGAGAUUAUUGAUCCAAAUUUACGUAAUUAUUUUUAAACAAAAAUAUAAAAAUCGGACGGUUCCUAGUAUGAUUUGGAAGUCAGGCGGAGUCAAGAGAUUGAAAACCUAUUAGAAAUGAAAAUCUAUUACAUGUUUCAAUAUCGGCCCCGCCCGAUUUCCAAAUUGUACUACGACCCGCCCGAUGUCCUGUGAACCAGAUUUUUUUUUACCUUUUAGUUCCUUUUUCGAUUUUAGUCGCUUUUAUUUUUUGUUUAAAAAUGCAGUUUAAGAAAUUGGGUGUUAAAAAUUCAAAAUUGAUGAUCACAUGAUAGACACCUAGGCAAGGAAACGAUUAAAUCUUACCCAAAAAAGUUCUCGGAUUCAAUAUCCGGUGCAUGAUUGAUGAAAUAGUGAAAUAUUUCAUUUCUAUUUAUUUGUCAAUUAGCAAUUAUUCUUUUUAACACGUAAAUAUUGUUAAAGUAAUAAAAUAAGACAAUAUGGUAAGUAAUCUCAUAAAAUUUAUUUUACGUUGUUAUUAGGUACCUAGUUUAAUUAACAAUAUAAAAAGUCAGACUUAUUACUUAAAUGGUAUAUAACUCUCGUGGCAAUAUUGUACUUAAUAAAAAUGUAUAAGACUCUUUUUAUAUUUUGAGUCAAUAUAGAUAAGUUUUGUUAUAAGUAAAAUAUGUGUUUUUAAGGUAUUUGUAUAUUAGUUAAGAAGGCUCUUUUAAUCUUCGAGUCAUUAUAGAAUAAUUUGUUAUAAGUCAAUUGUUGUUUCUAAGAUUAUGAAGCCCUUAGGUAAUCCGUCCAGAUAAUUCUAAGAUAUGCGAUAAGCAUUAAACUUAAUAUGUGUUUGAUUAAAAUGACAUCAGUUUAUUUUCAUUAUUUUUUAAAAGUAUGAUAUGACUGUUAAUGUCCUGAAACGCGUCUGUAUAACACAUAAGUAUUUCGUUGUUUUAUGCCUCUCCCAUACUUGCGAGACGAAGUUUUGGUACUUAAUGUACUGAAAUAAGCGUUUGAAAUAGUUCUAUCGUAAGUACACUCCUUGAGCUGCACUAUAAGCACAAUACAAAUUAAAGGACUCCCACAAUCUCAUUGUGGGUGUCAAAAAUUGCCAGUCACGGUAUCGUCUAGAUCUUUCGUUGCGCAGUUCGAUAAUUCGUUAAGGUAGAACUAAUUCAAAUAGCGCAUUUUAGUAUCAAAGGUUCAUCGUGUAGGUGUGGGUUAAGGAUUAUAAAAUAUUAUCUAGCAAUACUAGAUCAAAUAUGGCAUACAUUGCGAUAUUUCUAGCGAGCUUUUUGUUUAUUCAAAUCUGUAACUCAUCUGAACAACUCGUUGUGAUGUCAUUUUUUCAUGCACCUCUUUGAUAGUUUUAGUAGUAGGUACGUUAUUUUAUGUAAUAAAAAUUUAGUUAAAACAUAUAUCGUUUACUUUGUG